GGGUGUACAUGCAUCGAUGUGCUCCGUGACGUUGAUAUCAGAUGCGAUAAAGCCUUGAAAGUAGGCUAUGAAUGUACCGACCCUGAAGCUACCGGGAUCCCAAUGGAGGGAAUAUGUCCCGACUGCCAGGAGUACUACCAGGAGUAUCAUAAAAUCAUGAGUACGCCCAGCGAGCCAGAAGCCCCAGUUCCUGAAAGCCAAGGGGUCGACAUUUGCAAAUGCGUUGAGGAAAAACCAGAGUGUCAAUCCGGGAUUUCAGUCCCUGAAGGUCACGAGGUCAAUAUCAGUAACGACAUUGGGAAACCAACGUAUCCCUCCGGUAUUCCAGUUUCUGAAGGCCGGAAAGUCAACAUCUGCAGAGACACUGAGGAGAAACCAAAGGGUGACUCUGAUAUUCCAGUUCCUGGAGGUCGGGAGGUUGACAUCCGCAGAGACGCUGAGGAGAAGCCAGAGUUUCAACCCAAUAAUCACGUACUUGAGACUCAGGAAAUCGACAACGGCAACGACGUUAAGCGACCAAAGUGCCACUUUGGCAUUCCAGUCCCCAGACGUCAGGGAGUUAAGGUCUGCAGCGGCGUUGAGGAGCCAAGGCGUGUCACCGGUAUUUCAGCCCCUGGAAGUCAGGAAGUGAAAGCCCGCGUCGAGGUAGAUAAGAAAGCAAGGUACCAGUCUGGUCUUCCGGUCCUCAAGAACCAAGAAGCCAAAAUAGGCAACCAGGUUGAAGAGAAGCCAAAGCGCCAGUCGGGCAUCCCCCUCUCUAGGAAACCGGAAGUCAAGACAAGCAACGAAGUUGGUACAAAACCAAGGGUUCAGUCUGGCAUCCCACUCCCUAGAAAACAAGAGGUCAAAACACGCAACAAGCCUGCUCCGGACUUGCAGAAUACUGAUAAGUUCCAGCCUCUUGACGAGGGUCUAUUCGAUCGAAUCACUUUCUGA